AUGUUGUUUCGUUUAGUGUUGUUGAUAUUCACCCUCGUGGUGAUCCAAGGAACAGCGAAACAGCCACGAUCGAUACCCAAGUACACGGAUUGGCGACUACCUCAUUGGGUAUUACCACGACAUUACAAACUGCGGUUGUUGCCAUUUAUCGAAGAAGGUAAUUUCACUAUCGAUGGACAAGUGGACAUCCUUUUAGAAUGCAUGGAACCAACGACGAUGAUUGUGCUUCACAUGGCCGAAAUUCGAAUCGCCAAGGACGAAGGUCUCCAGGUUUACGAUCUUAUUGAAUCAAGACGAGUUCCUAUUCAGUCUUACAUUGAGGACAAGACUCGGCAACUAUUGGUUAUCGGAACUAAAAAUGAAACGCUGCAAGUGGGAAAAUACUACAAACUUUCGAUUCGGUUCGUCAGCCAACUGAACGACAAACUAAAUGGGUUCUACAGGGCGUCCUACACUGAAAAUGGAAUCAAAAAGUAUAUUGCUACUACGCAAUUCUCUCCGACGGAUGCUAGGAGAGCAUUCCCUUGCUAUGACGAACCGGGAAUGAAAGCUGUUUUUCAAAUAACACUUGGCCGUCAAAAAUCUCGGAUAGCUCACUCCAACAUGCCGUUGAAGCGAACAUACCAAAAUGAGGACUUACCGGAUUACGUGUGGGACGAAUUCCAGAAAACUCUGCCCAUGUCCACCUACAUUUUGGCCUUCAUCGUCUCAGAGUUUGAAGGUUUAGAUUCGCCUGAAAUCGACCUGCAAGAUCGUACGACAUUUCGCACUUGGACUAUGCCUUCAGCUGGAAAACAAACCGAAUACGCUCGAAUCUUAGGCCCUAGAGUAUUGAGAUACUUCGAAAACUACUUCAACAUAAGUUUCCCGUUACCCAAAAUUGAUAUGUUCGCCAUUCCUGAUUUUGCCGUUAGUGCCAUGGAGAACUGGGGUCUUAUCACCUACAGAGAAACAGCUUUGUUACACGACCCGUUACGGUCUUCCACUGCCGACAAACAAAAAUUAUCUUCCGUUCUAACUCACGAAAUAGUCCACCAAUGGUUUGGGAAUCUCGUUACCAUGGAAUUUUGGAGCGAUCUUUGGUUGAAGGAAGGUUUUGCCAACUAUUUGAUGUACGUCGGAUUAGAUGUGGUGGAACCAAGUCUGCAAAUGGGUCAACAGUUCACCGUCCAGGAAACGCAAAAAGUUUUUGCAGUAGACUCUCUCUUGUCGUCGCAUGCCAUGUCAAUGCCAGUAAAAAAGAGAAACGAAAUUAACGGACUCUUUGAUUCAAUCCCCUACGCUAAAGGUCCUGCUGUGAUUCGAAUGUUUGCUGGUUUUCUGGGUCACAAGAAAUUCCAACAAGGUCUCACUUCCUACCUGAAUAACAAGAAAUAUCAAAGCGCGGUGGAUGAUGACCUGUGGAAGGCGAUGAGCAACCAGUCCAUCGAUGCACUUGACCUUCCAGCAGAUAUCAGAACGAUAAUGACUAGCUGGUCUCUUCAAACUGGUUAUCCAAUCGUUACCGUUAGGAGAAACUACGACUUGCAAACGGCUAUCGUGACCCAGGAAAGAUUCUAUUUACUUGCGUCUCGCAAUUCGUCAGAGUUCCCUCUGUGGUGGAUUCCCCUCACAUACACCACCGAUUUCAAUACAACUUUCCAGGCCUGGAUACUGGGCACGGAAGAUGGAAUCGAACUUGAAUUGCCCUCUGCACCCACUGAUUGGGUCAUUUUCAAUGUCGAUCAAAUCGGCUACUAUCGCGUUAACUACGAUGAAAUUAACUGGAAACUAAUUACCCAGCAAUUACUUAAAGACCACCGUGCCAUUUCCACGUUUAGCCGUUCUCAGUUGCUCGACGAUAGUUUGAAUAUCGCACGUACGGGUUCGCUUCCGUAUUACGUGGCUUUCGAAUUGAGCCGCUAUCUACGCUCAGAAAGAGAUUAUGCGCCAUGGUUUUCAGCCUUUAAAAGCUUCAACUAUUUAGACAGAAUGCUGUACCAAACGGCCAGCAAGGAACAAAUUGAAUACGUCAAAUGGCUGCUACUUCCUACGUACGAACAAAUCGGAUUCGACGAGAGAAAAGGCGAUUCCCAUUUAGUGAUAUCGAAUCGCAAUCAAUUGAUUUCAUGGGCUUGCCGAUUGGGUGUUGCCGAAUGUGUCAAUAACGCCAUGGUUCUUUACAAGUCUUGGAUGGCGCAACCUGACAACAACAAUUGGGUCAAGCCGAAUUACAAACGAGCCGUUGCCUGCGCUGCAAUCGCCAACAGCGGUGACGAAGAAUGGGAUUUCGCCUUGGAGCGCUACUUAUCGACAGAUUUGUCUAGUGAAAAAGAAAUGCUUCUUUAUGCGUUAAGCUGUUCCAGCAGCCCGGAAGCGUUAAACACGUUACUUGAAUGGGCCUUGGAUGCCAAUUCCGGUAUACGUCGCCAAGAUUCAGCAACUGUUUUUGGUUCUGUAUCGGAAAAUCCAAUAGGAUCUUCAAUGGUUUUUGAUUUUGUGCUUUUUCACUGGGACAAAAUGGUUAAAGAAUUUCCAAGUCUGGCCGUUCUCGGACGUCUAGUAGAUACAAUAUCGCAAACACUGGACACUGAGACGCAUCUGGAGAACUUGGUCACGUUAAGCGAAGGAGGCAGAGGCGAUUUAGGUACUUCAACUCGGGCCGUCCAGCAAGCACUUGAAAGAACCCGGAUAAAUCUGGAAUGGAAAAAGCGACGCUUUCAAACUGUUACAAAAUUACUGGACUCUUGGUCUCGUGUGCAAACUUUCAGCUUAACGUAAACACCAGUCCCGAACGAAUUAAAGUGUUGGUAUAGAACAUGAAUUUUUAUUCAUGUUGUGUUUACCAAUGAUGAAAAAUUGCCUCGAUUCCUGAUGGCAUACUCUUUCUAUACCUCGACAAAUGUCUGGGAAAAAAAUGUUAAUCGCUUUAAGUUGAAUCAAGCUCAAACUUUUCGCUUCCAUGUAAUCACCCUCCCAAAAAAUUCACUAUUAUACGUACUGUACGAAUUUCGAGCUAUUUCACCCUAUUUCUAAAUGUACCGUAAUAUUUGUUAAAAUCAAUAUACCUCCUUAACUUUG